CCAAAACUUUAGUUACAAUGCAUUAUUUUACAUUUGUUUAUGUCCUGGUUAUUGCCACUUUGGCUUCGGUGCAAGCCGAAGACAAUAAAGUAAGCAAAGAAAAGCUGCGCGAAGCUGCAAUGAUCAUAGUGAACGACUGCAAAGAAAAAGAGGGUGCAUCCGAUGAAGACAUAGCCGCACUCAAAGAGCACAAGUUGCCCAAAUCCGAAAAAGGGUUGUGCAUGAUCCAGUGUCUCUACAACACCAUUAAAAUCAUGAAAGACGGAAAGUUCAAUAAAGCCGGAGCGAUUGAGGUCAGUUCUCAAGCUUUGAAAGGUGACGAGGCCAAACUGACCAAAAUGAAAGAAGUCAUGAACGAGUGCGAGAAGGAAAUUGGUGAAACGACUGGAUGCCAAGUGGCGAAAUUGAUCACGGAAUGCAUAGCAAAACACGGAAAGGAAUUCGGUAUAACUAUUCCACAUAUGAAGAGCAUGUAA